ACCUCAGCCUGGCCCGUUGCCCACGGCACUAAACUGUUCCGGGAAUCGGGAAAGAAGCUAUCUUCACAAGCGAUAACCGCGUUAAUUCUCCGCGAAGCAUUCAAUUAAAGUUUUCUUCGAGAACAUCUUGAACCUCUAGAACUUUGCUUUCCAAAAUGCCGCUGAAAGCCGUUUGUGUGCUGAAUGGUGAGGUUAAGGGCACCAUUUUCUUCGAACAGAGCGUGGAAUCAGACCCAGUCAAGGUCACUGGUACCGUAACCGGUCUCAAGCCAGGCGACCAUGGUUUUCACAUUCACGAGUUCGGCGAUAAUACUAACGGAUGCAUUUCGACGGGAGCGCACUUCAAUCCCCACGGUAAAACGCACGGUGCACCAACGGCCGAAGAGCGCCAUGCCGGCGAUAUGGGCAACAUCGUCGCUGAUGGAUCCGGUGAAGCCAAGGUCGAUCUGACCGUGUCGCAGAUUGCGCUCAGUGGAUCGCUGAACGUCGUUGGUCGCUCGCUCGUCGUCCAUGCAGAUCCGGACGAUCUGGGACUGGGUGGCCACGAGCUGAGCAAAACUACCGGCAACGCCGGCGCUCGGCUGGCGUGCGGAGGCACAUCGGUGGCGGUAACGGGUGCGAUCGAAGGUUUACGACCCGGCAAGCAUGGUCUGCAUAUUCACGAGUUUGGUGAUUUCUCGCGUGGUUGCCUUUCCACCGGACCUCACUACAAUCCGGACGGUAACGAUCAUGGGGCGCCAGAGGAUGAAAAUCGUCAUGUUGGCGAUCUCGGCAAUAUUGUGGCCUACAGUGGAGGCUUGGCAAAGGUGCAGCUAGCGGACACCAAGAUUACGCUCGUUGGUGAGCGUAGCAUCAUCGGCAGAACGUUGUCGGUAACGGAGUUUGAAGAUGACCUUGGCCGUGGUGGUCAUGAUUACAGCAAAACGACGGGCAACUCAGGUAAUCGGAUCGCCUGUGCGAUCAUCGGUGUGGCACGGGAAGAGUAUUUCGCCGAGCGAUUGCAUCUGACCACCGAUCAAUGACUGAUUGGACGAUAUUAGAAAUAAAACGCUUCUCUCUUCUGCUGUUUGGGAA